GCCACAGGUGAGGGAUGGUGGAGGGUACAAGUACUGGGCAGGAACACGUGGAGCUGCGUACAACUGGUUGCCACAGGUGGGGGACGAUGAAGAAGAAUAAAAGUACUCGGCAGGGACACGCGGCGUGGCCGAAGAAGUUGAAGCAGUCGGAGGCGGGCCGAGUGGUAGGACGAUGCUGCGCGGCCGGGCGUUGCGGCGUUGCGGCCGUCGGGGUCUGCGGAUGGCCCUGCAGCGCGGCACCGACGGCGGGCCCAGCAGCCACGAGCUGGCCUUGCUCGAGCUCGUGCGGUGGCACCCGGGAGCCCUGUCCAAGCCCGGCGAGCCGCGGCUCGUGCUGGGCGUGGCGCUCCGCUGGAUCAGUCAUUGCCAGGACGACCCGCCACUUGUUGAGGCUGCGCUCGAGGCGCUCGGAUCGUUGCUUCUUCGACAUCGCGCCGGGCUACGCGAGUGUUGCUUCGAGCUGCUCAUGAGCGUCUUCCAUCUGCUCGCAUCGCCAGCGGCUUCGGUGCGCCACAAGGCGCUUGGACUGACGCUGAUCCUCCUGGAGGUGGAUCCGGUGUGCGCGUCCCGCGAACUUCUCUACCUGGCUGCUACCGGAGACCGGCUGCAGCGCCUGGCCACCAUGGUGGCCUUCCGCCGGCUGCUAUGUCGCGGUCCGGGUCAGCCGUUCAACGUCUGGCUGCUGCCCAUGCAGGCCCUGUACGAGCUGUACCUAGAGCACGCCGAGCAACCCGCCGACGACGUCCUGCGCACGGAGGGCUGCCUCGGUCUCGAACUGCUCGAGCACACGUGCGAGUACGUUGACCAUUGCGACUCCGAAGACCGCGCGACGCCCGACUAACGCUGCGCCCAAAGGACUAUACAUCUUCCUGCUUGAAGACCGGAGGCUUGAAGCACAAGUCGCGCACGAAGACGCGUCGUCUAGCUCGUCUCCUCGAAAGGUCUGCCGCCAUUUCACGAGCACUGCGGGCAACGCGGUCACGGAUCAGAGAAGAGGUCGUCACAACUGAACUCUUUCGCUCGACUCCCAAGAGACGCGCGCGUAGUUAAUCGUGCAGUCAGCGCAGUUUUUAACGCUGCUUGCACCUGCGCGGCCAGGCAAGCAUAUGUUAGCGAAAGAGCAUAGUGGUGUAACGUAAAGGCUGUUUUGCCUUACAAAGGAGCUCGCACGCUUUGAAAGGAACUGGUUCACCUUGUCAGAGUGUGAACGUAGUAUCCGUAGUUAUCAUCGUGCUAUAGCUAUAUAUAGGCAAGCGCCAGCGACGCAUACUAUAAAGCGCUUAGCUGGCGAUUAGCGCCGCCCAAAGCAUGCAUUUACAUUCUAGCUGCACCUCUGACCACAUGCGUAACGC